AUGAACGACAAAAACGAGCCUCGUCAAGCGAGUUUCCUCCUCUCGGCCGAUCCCCGUGAGCUAGAAAAGUCAAAUGGCUUCGAUUCGGUUUUGACGCAAAGCGUCAAGGAACAAGAGAUUGGAAGCGACACCUCGUUAGCGGGAAAUUACCGGAAAUUUCACGAUGCCUGGUGGCUCGGUGCUACUGACCGGUGGCGCGAGCGCAUGAGCAUUCCCCGGCAACGGUGGAGAUAG